CAGAUUAAAGAUCUAUUUUCUGCUGUCAUUAUUUUUUCGUCCCUUAAUUUGAUUGUGCGUUUGAGAAAGAUCAGAAUCUGGUUAUUGGUUAAUGGAUAAAAACACAGCCUACGGUCUUCCUCCCACGCCCUUUCCCUCUAUGACAGUUGAGCUUGGAGCCCCUUGGACUACAGGAAACACAACCCUCGUGAUGUUGUUGAGAGGAGGAGAGCCUGCGGUUAUUGAAGACUGUCUGAAAAUACGUCUACAUUUCAACUCUCUUGCCCCUUUUGCCCCUGUGGGAAACUAGGAGACCGCCCAUGGAUUAGACCCCGCCCUCAAACUCAAACAGAACCAAACUUCAAAGACUGCGUUCGCUUAAGCCCGCCCUCUCGCUCCCGAAUGGCUUCACAAAGGAUUUGCCGACGUUCGGGAAUUCCGCCUCCAGUUUCCUUUUUAGUGCCACUCGUGCGCUGGCAUCAGUCCAAAGUCCCACCCAUCUCGGUUAAUUUGACAACACAAAGGACUUCACGGAACUUGGAGGCUCCUCCCACUAUUCCAAAUAAGGCUUGUCUCUCCAUCUACGGUAAACAAUCGGCUGGAGAGUGUCCUUUUCUCUUCCUUAUCCCGUUUAUAUGAUCGGAGAGGAACUGCGCUGCGAGUUAAAGCGGUGCGAUCAUGGCGGAGCGAGUCCAGCAGCCCCCGGCCAAGCGGCUCUGCUGCCGGCCAGGCUACAAUCCGGCAUGCAGGCAGGGGCAGAGGGCUGGAGGAGUUCUGUGCGGCGGUCCGGGGUCCGCUCCAGGUGGGUCGGGAAAGACUCAUAACCCCGAAUCGCUACUAGACAUCGCGGCGCGUAGAGUCGCGGAGAAGUGGCCCUUCCAGAGGGUUGAGGAACGAUUCGAAAGGAUUCCAGAACCCGUCCAGCGAAGGAUCGUGUACUGGUCGUUCCCGAGAAGCGAAAAGGAGAUCUGCAUGUAUUCCUCUUUCAACGCGGGGGGAGAGGAGAGUGGGACUAGCGGGGACAACAAUGACGAGACCCAGCUGCCUUUCCUACGGGGUGUCACUCUCCUGGAGGGUGGCUGGGUGGACAACGUUUUGCAAGUCGGGUUCCACCUGAGCGGCACAGUAACCGACCCGGCCACACCCGCCCAGCCCGAGCUCGUGUGCAGCGUGAGCGUCAGCUUCGACCGCUGCAAGAUCACCGCGGUGACCUGCACCUGUGGCAACAAGGACAUCUUCUACUGCGCCCACGUGGUGGCGCUGUCCCUGUACCGCGUACGGAAGCCCGAGCAGGUCAAACUGCACCUGCCCAUCUCGGAGACCCUGUUCCAGAUGAGCAGGGACCAGCUGCAGAAGUUUGUCCAGUACCUCAUCUCCGUCCACCACACGGAGGUGCUGCCCACCGCCCAGAAACUGGCCGACGAGAUCCUGUCGCAGAACUCUGAGAUCAACCAGGUUCACGGGGCCCCGGACCCCACGGCGGGGGCCAGUGUGGACGAUGAGAACUGCUGGCACCUAGACGAGGAGCAGGUCCAGGAGCAGGUGAAGCUCUUCCUCUCCCAGGGAGGAUACCACGGCUCUGGGAAACAGCUCAACCUGCUGUUCAGCAAGGUAAGGGAGAUGCUGAAGAUGAGGGAUUCCAACGGAGCGCGGAUGCUAACGCUGAUCACAGAACAGUUCAUGGCCGACCCUCGGCUAGCCCUGUGGAGACAGCAGGGCACCACCAUGACCGACAAGUACAGGCAGCUUUGGGACGAGCUCGGGGCCCUGUGGAUGUGUAUAGUGCUGAACCCCCACUGCAAGGCGGAGCAGAAGUGUUGGUGGCUCCGCCAGCUCCGGCGGUGGAACAGCGUGGACGUGUGCCCCUGGGAGGACGGUAACCACGGCAACGAGCUGCCCAACCUCACCCACUCCCUGCCUCAGGGUGCCCAUGGAAACCAAGAGUCGCGCCCUCACAGGACUGUGUUCACGCGGGCGAUCGAGGCGUGCGACCUUCACUGGCAGGACCGCCACCUGCAGCACAUUAUCGCCAGCGACCUCUACGCCAACUACUGUUACCACGACAACCAGGAUGGCUCCCUCUUCGACGCUCGCGGCUGGCCCAUGUGGCACGAGCAUGUCCCAACGGCGUGUGCCAGGGUGGAUGCCCUGCGUUCCCACGGUUACCCCCGGGAAGCCCUCCGAUUGGCCAUUGCGGUGGUGAACACACUCAAGCGUCAGCAGCAGAGGCAACUGGAGCAUUUCCGCCGGCACAAGAAAGAGCUGCUUCAUAAAGGUGUCACGUCCAUCACCAACAUGGAGGGCUGGGUAGGACACCCCUUGGAUCCCAUCGGGACCCUGUUCAGCACCCUGACAGAGACGGGCCGGGGGUCGGAGGACGGGGGGAACACCUGCCUGGACCUCUCAGACUGCUCUAGCGUAGUGAGUCGGGCAGAGCUGCAGCGGUUGCCAGUGCAGCGGUUGCUAGGCGAUGGCGAAUCGUACGUGGCGUUGGCUGUGGAAACGGCCCUGAUUGGUCUAGGCCAGCAGAGGGUGAUGCCAGAUGGGUUGUACGCCCAGGAGAAGGUGUGUCGCAACGAAGAGCAGCUAUUGGCCAAGCUGCAGGAAGUGGAGCUCGACGACACCCUGGUCAAGAUCUUCCGCAAACAAGCUGUCUUCCUGUUAGAGGGUGGGCCUUACAGUGGUCUGGGGGAGAUCGUUCACAGAGAGAGUGUUCCCAUGCAUACCUUUGCUCGCUAUCUCUUCACCUCUCUCCUACCUCACGACGCUGAACUGGCGUACAAGAUUGCACUGAGAGCCAUGCGGUUACCUGUGUUGGAGUCGACAGCAUCAUCGGGUGACCUGUCGCGGCCGCAUCAUAUUGUUUCCGUGGUACCCAACCGCUACCCUCGUUGGUUCACCCUCAGCCACAUUGAGUCCCAGCAGUGUGAGCUGGCCUCUACCAUGCUCACCGCAGCCAAAGGUGACAGUCGUAAGCUGGAGACUGUGCUGGAGUCAAUCCAGAAGAACAUCCACUCGUCAUCUCACAUCUUCAAGCUGGCUCAGGACGCCUUCAAGAUCGCCACGCUCAUGGACAGCCUGCCUGACAUCACACUCCUCAAAGUCUCCCUGGAGCUGGGCCUGCAGGUGAUGAGGAUAACCCUGUCCACGUUGAACUGGAGGAGAAGAGAGAUGGUGCGCUGGUUAGUAACCUGUGCCACAGAAGUGGGUGUGUAUGCGCUGGACAGCAUCAUGCAGAGUUGGUUCACCCUCUUCACCCCCACCGAGGCCACCAGCAUCGUGGCCACCACCGUCAUGUCCAACAGCACCAUCGUCCGCCUGCACCUGGACUGCCACCAGCAGGAGAACCUGGCCUCCUCCGCCCGCACCCUGGCCCUGCAGUGCGCCAUGAAGGACCCCCAGAACUGCGCCCUGUCCGCCCUCACCCUCUGCGAGAAGGACCACAUCGCCUUCGAGACGGCCUACCAGAUCGUCCUGGACGCGGCGUCCACGGGGAUGAGCUACACCCAGCUGUUCACCAUCGCCCGCUACAUGGAGCACCGCGGCUACCCCAUGAGAGCGUACAAGCUGGCCACGCUCGCCAUGGCCCACCUCAACCUGAGCUACAACCAGGACACGCACCCGGCCAUCAACGACGUCCUCUGGGCCUGCGCCCUCAGCCACUCGCUGGGCAAGAACGAGCUGGCAGCCGUCAUCCCCCUAGUGGUGAAGAGCGUGAAGUGUGCCACGGUGCUGUCGGAUAUUUUGCGGCGGUGCACGCUGACCACGCCAGGGAUUGUGUCGGCGCUGCACAGCCGCCGGAACUCUGGGAAGCUGAUGUCGCUGGACAAGGCGCCGCUGCGACAGCUUUUGGACGCCACCAUCGGGGCGUACAUCAACACCACGCACUCGCGCCUCACGCACAUCAGCCCGCGCCACUACAGCGAGUUCAUCGAGUUCCUGGGGAAGGCCCGGGAGACGUUCCUGAUGGCGCACGACGGACACAUCCAGUUCACCCAGUUCAUAGACAACCUCAAACAGAUCUACAAGGGCAAGAAGAAACUGAUGAUGCUGGUGAGGGAGAGGUUUGGCUGACUGGGGCUGGAUGAGGGGGACUGUGCCCUUCUAGAACUUUUCUAUUAACUCUAGUCUGCCUUUUUCCACUCCUUUUGGACUUCUAAUGGACCAUUAACUUGAGGGAGAAAACGAAUGAAGUAGAGGAGGGAAAAAAAACUUGACAGAGCCACACAUGGUAUUAUCGUUCUUGCUGUUGUUAUUGUUGUACACAUUAUUACUAUUAUUAUUAUUAUUAUUACUACUACUAUGUGUACAGAAGUCUUUUAUUUUCUGAAGGGAGGAUUUGUUUGUCAUUUUGUGAAUGUUGUGUGUAGGCCUACUUCUUCACAUGUGUAAGGGAGGAAAAGAGGAAAAGUAAAAGUUUUUUUAUAAUCAGCAUCAUUUUUUUUAAACAUUUUUUUAUGUUGGUUUAUACUGAGAUUGUGUUGUCCAGUAGCUGAAGCCCUCGUAUGAUAGCGCUUGUGUAAAACAAAAAAAAAAACAAAAAAACCUUGCAUCAGUAGGCUCCCUCAAAGAGAGAAACUAUGGCUUUAACCCACACAGAGCACCUCCCUUCCUGCCCUCUAGGGGGCACUGGUAAGCACUGCAGCGCUCAGCUCCGCCCACCAGGAAGAAGCCCCCAGCAGCAUUUCUGUUGACUCAGCAGCACUCGGACAGCCAGUUCUCACUGGGUCAUAGGCAUUAACUACAUCCCCGAAUGAUGCUAGUAUCUCACUCCUCUUGUUGUUUUAGCCAUACUGUAAAUACAGUAUUAAGUGGUUAAAAAGAUGGACAGUAUGCUGGUCCUACGGCAAUGAUACAUGGUUAACAGACAAGGACAUGAGUAUUACUAGUAGUACCUUUGCCACUAAUGCAGUAGGGCCAGAUGCAAGCCCAAACUGACACUGAGACAAGCCAAGCUUAUGCCUGAUUUCCUUAUGUAGUUCCUAGAACGUAAAGACAACCCCAGACAGUAUCUUAUCCCCAUCAGUCAGCUGUGCUAGUCGCAAUUUUGCUGCUGACUGAUCAUGGUAAGCAGGGUUGAAAUGAGCAGGACUGGGGCAUGUCAGGUAGGAUAUUCUUACAUUAUUGUUUAAACUGUUUCAAUUUCAAACAUGAGAUUUUAUUACAUAAAAAGUGAAAAAGAUACAGAUAAAAGUGGAAAAGAUACAGAUAAGAUAGCAAAAUUGUCUUCCGAAUGUUUUACUAUGACAUUUAAAGGUACCCCCUCCCCCCACCCUCCCUAGAGUCAUAGGUCAUUUCGAACUUGGAUGGUAAGAAAGAGCAGACAAAUCAGAAGACAAAUCCAGGGUGCUUGUUUGUCACUACUACCUGGGGCGAGACAGUAACCGUUGUCUACUUCCUAAUGCUGAUGAGUGUAAAACGGGGCCAGUAUAAUAUUAAAACCCUACAUAAAAACCACAGAACGAGAUCCCGGUCAGCUCUGAUAUUCUGUGUGGAACCUUCAGCAACUGUCAACAGAAUGUUCUCAGGGAUUUCUAGAACAGGAAAAGGACAAAGGAACGACCGCAGGAUCAACCAACGGGGAGCGACAUAAGCGAGCGUUUAUUGUACUGUGUAUAUAUACAAUAGUGAAAUGUCUGGAUAUGGAGGAUCUGAAAGUAUAUGUUAACUAAUUUAUACAGAGUAUUCUAUGUAAUGUGAAAUACUUGAAGCCGCUGUAGCUUGCGCUCCCUUUUUCUCUUUAUUUCCUUUCUUUCUUCUUUCUAACAAAACAUACAUAUCUGAAGUAAGAGAUUGGCCUGGCUCUGUUUGGUUGAGCUCAUAAGGUGAGUCUACGCUAAUACCACUGAAUCAGAUUUGUUCCGUACAGUUUUGUUCUCUGUGGGACUGAAAUCACCUUAGCGGUUAGCUAUGGGUUGGAGGCCCUGAUGACUGAAGCAGGGGUGUGGCUAGUCUAUUCUGGGCCAGUUGUGUUGCAGUAUUAACCUCUUUAACUGCCCUAACCCUAAUAUGGCCACCUGGUUUACAGUAACUGUCUCUCUUGUAUCAAUCAUGGCAGGUCGGUCCUACAGUAAGGAGGCGGCCAGGUACCUAAGCUUAGCUAACACUGGUUCAUCAUAAUGUAGCCUAGCUAGGAAGACAUGGCUAUCUAAACUAUUGAUGGUUACUCCUGCUCUGCUUGUCUUAAAGACCAGUGUAUUUCUGACAUACUCUCUAACUUUUUAUUUCUGUUCCAUUUUUCAUGCUUUUUUGUAUGCUUUUCUCUUGUGUUGUUUAAAGAAUAAAACAGCCUUUUCUCUUGCCUUGUCCUAACGCUUUAACUUUAACCAAACAGACGUUCUAACAACCAAACGCCUUCCAAGAGGCGAGGGCCAACCCACCUUGGUCCCAGCUUUAGUGUCCUUUAUUAGUAACUGAAUGGCUGUGUAAAUCCUGCUUUUACCCAGCGAUUCCUCACAUGUGUUUAGUGACCUACAUUGUCCUGUGUCUCUUGUUCUCUUCUGAAAGAAUUUCCUCCAUUUCUCUUUAGCCGUUUAAUUUGUUUGUGUAGGAAAAAAUAUUUUUUUGUUUCGUUUUCCCAUUUUAUUUAUUAAAACGAUCCAUGUAUACGUGCUUAUGAAAUUAAGAUUUGAUACACCAAUAUCAAUUUAUUUAUGUAACUAAAUCACUGUUUUAUAAUCUUGUUAAUGAGUCGAUGAUUGAAUUUUCUUUUGUUUUAAUUAAAGUUAGUUUUUUUGA